CAUGGACCCCGUGACUCUGUCUCGAAGAGCAAUAUUCUCGCUUAAACGUUUGUAACAUUAUGUGGAGGUCAGUAGGUCAGUUGAACGCCAUGCCACGUCGUAUUCCAGCAAGGUCCAAUGGGUCAAGCAAAUCCAGGCUUCCUCUAUCCUUCACUCAUCUUGACUUCAAACAUGCAGCGCUCUCUUCUGUUCAAUGUACUUGCCUUCAUGGUGGUUCUUGCGGUUGCAUACCCCAUGUCAGGAGCGAUUACGGAACGUUCCUCUGUAGCUAGGCACGAGGAUGAGGCCCGUGGCGUAUACUUCCCGAUUAGCUAUGACAACAACAAGAAAUGCUCCGAGGAUGAUGUGAUCUUGUACCCCAUGUUACUUAAAGAACGUUCCUCUGCGCUUGAGCGCUCUGAGGACGAUGUGAUCUUGUACCCCAUGUUAUUUAAAGAACGUUCCUCCGCAGUUGAGCGCUCCGAGGACGAUGCGAUCUUAUACCCCAUGAAACAAUGAGCAAUUCCAACAGCAUCGGGAGAACUUGAAGGUAUCCACUAUUGUUAAUCACGAAUGUGGGGCCACUUUUAGCGAAUGUUGAUAACGUUUGAAUUUACUGCGUUUGGUUUGACAAUGCGUUGAGCAUUAUGUACCCCCGACUCCAUGAAGUGAGGAGGUUCUGUCAGCUCCAAACGUACAUCCAGCACCUGUAUGCUGAUGCGC